CAAUUGGGGAUAGAGAACUUCAAAUUGAUGAACUAAAUUAAUUUGUUUAACGGAACAGUCAGACAUCAGUGCUGACAUAUUAAGGGAGAUACGCUUUCUAUAAUACUACGGAGCUGGAAAGCCGUCGAACAGCUGGCUCUGUAAAUCAUUUCACCACACGACAUCCUAACUAGUCCAUCUAUAUUCAGCUGCUGGCGCUAUUUUAAAGCGUCGAGAGCUAAACAGCGCUACGAAUGCUACUUUUGUAUAUUCACUCCUUUCUGCUUUAGCGCACCGUACGAGAAAUAAAUAUUCGAUAGCGACAUCAAUGUUUUGUUGCGUCCGUGCUUCGAGGGUCACAGUUUUGAGUUACGGGAAUUGGACAAGCAGCUGCAGCCUACAGAUCGCUGUAAGUGUACCAGCCCAACUCCAGUCCGGCUUUUCACGUAAUCCAUGUCUCCAGGUGCCCUCUCCAACCUUUUGGGCAGGUGAGGUUGUCCAAUCAGAAUGUCCUUGCCAGGUACCUCUGCGUUUCUCCUAUUUGCACACAUCCCGGCGUUUUUACUUUAAUCAAGUCUUUCAUGAGUCGUCUGCACUUGACCAGAAGACGCAUUUGUUGCUGGAUGGAUCCCGGAGCCUUAUCGUGUGUCUUAUGCUCAGCAUUUGGAUAGUCACUUUCUCACUGUUUUGAUUUUUUUUUUUCUAGUUUUGAUUAAUUUUGAUUUGUUGUUACUUUGUUGCUUUUUUUCCCUCAGUGACGACGCGACCCCUCAUUUUGUGCCCGCCUGUCUGACACGUUUUGGAUAGCAGUAGUUGCGUAAGUCAUCCCACUUUUUUCCAAUUUUCCCGUGAACUGUCACAUCAUGUUCCAGCCCGCAGCGAAGCGGUGCUUCACUAUUGAAUCUUUGGUAGCGAAGGACAACCCGCUAACUUCAGAGGAGCCCCUCAGACCCACGGCCCUCAGCUACCCCAACCCUACAGAAUCCUUUGUCAACGGCUUCCAGAGCUCGACGGGAAGGUCACUGUACCCCAGCCCAGAGCUGAUGUUUCCAGAGGCGGUGAGCCACCCGCCUCUCUCAGUUCACCCACACCAGCUCGGGAGCUCGGCUCUGCAGCACCCGCACUCCUUCUUCGGACCUCAGCACCGAGACCCGCUGCACUUCUAUCCCUGGGUCCUGCGGAACAGAUUCUUCGGGCACAGAUUUCAAGGAAGUGAAGUUUCCCAGGAAAGUUUGCUGCUGCACGGUCCCUUUGCCAGGAAGCCGAAGCGCAUCCGAACUGCCUUCUCACCAUCACAGCUCCUACGACUGGAAAGAGCUUUCGAGAAAAACCAUUACGUGGUGGGAGCCGAGAGGAAGCAACUGGCCAAUAGCCUGAGCCUGUCCGAAACACAGGUGAAAGUGUGGUUUCAAAACAGAAGGACAAAGUACAAGAGGCAGAAAAUGGAAGAGGAAGGCCCAGAGUCUCAGCAGAAGAAGAAGGGCUCCCACCACAUUAACAGAUGGAGGAUUGCCACCAAACAGUCCAGUUCAGAAGACAUUGAUGUCACAUCUGAGGACUGACCAGCCCCUAAACAGAGGGCUCCAAAGAACUCUGCCUCCAAGGAGACUCCUCGUCCACGUGAAGACAUUUCCUGGUGCAAAGCACUAUUUAUUAUAAAAUAUUGUAUGAUAUAUUCUAUAUAAAUAAAUAUAUUGAAAUACAUGCCUGCAGGAAUGGAAAGGAGUGGAUGGGAAUGGACUUGGAGAAGUGUGUGUGGAUUGUCAACCUAGCAGGCUGUUCAAGGGCUUGAGCCAGGAGAAACAGAAAAUGAAGGACAUUUCCUAUGAAUUCUAACCUUGGGCACCCCCUUUCAACCAAACUACGAGGAGCAUAUGGGAAAGUGCAAAGAGACACUGAGUGGUCAUUUGAGGCUAACUUGGACCCAUCCCUGAAAUCUGUCACUGCCCUGGAUGAUUGAGGAGCUCAAACAGUCCAGUGCGAAUGACUACCACAGUUUUCCAAAGGCAUCCCGGCAAUGUUCAGGCUCACACCUAACAAGUUAAUGUCACCUUCCAUUCAGGUAGUAAAAGUAUAAGAAACUAAGGUCGACUGGACUUGAGCUUAUUUGUGGCCAAGGUUCGCCAACCAUGUCCUCCCAAGAUCCCUUAUUAUCAUUUACCCGAAAACCAGUUGGUGAACAGAAAUAUAUCAAAGGGCGAGGGAGGGUGGGGGGAUGGGGGU